AUGGCGGACGAUAUGUCUAAUCGGUACCAGGUGAUGGAGGAGUUGGGCAGUGGAAGUUUUGGGACCGUUUACAAGGCCAUUGAUAAACAUACCGGCGAGAUCGUCGCAAUCAAACAUAUCGAUCUCGAGUCCAGCGAAGAUGAUAUUCAGGAAAUCCAGCAGGAGAUUUCCGUUCUGGCGACAUGCGCCAGUGCCUUCGUCACUCAAUACAAAGCCAGUUUCUUGAAGGGUCACAAACUUUGGAUUGUGAUGGAAUAUUUGGGCGGUGGCUCAUGCUUGGACCUGUUGAAACCCGGUGUAUUCAAUGAAGCUCACGUCGCCAUUGUCUGCCAACAACUCCUAUUGGGCUUGGAUUACCUGCAUGCGGAAGGAAAGAUUCACCGUGACGUGAAGGCUGCGAAUGUCUUGCUCUCCAAUACAGGAAAGGUCAAGCUGGCAGACUUUGGUGUGGCGGCGCAAUUGGUCAACAUCAAGUCGCAACGGAACACUUUCGUCGGAACCCCAUUUUGGAUGGCACCCGAGGUCAUCCAGCAGGCUGGGUAUGACUUCAAGGCAGAUAUUUGGUCCCUUGGUAUUACGGCAAUCGAGAUGAUCAACGGCGAGCCGCCCCACGCCAGCACUCCCCCGAUGAAGGUGUUAUUUCUCAUCCCCAAACAACCUGCGCCCCGACUUGAAGGCAAUGAUUACAGCAACACAUUCAAAGAUUUCGUGGCUCAGUGUUUGACCAAGGACCCGGAUCGUCGACCGACGGCCAAAGAACUGCUACGCCACAAAUUCAUUCGAAACGCCGGAAAGACAGAAGCUCUGCAGGAGUUGAUCCAGCGAAAGCAGGAAUGGGACGCUGGUCGGGGAAUCAGCAAAGACGUCAAGUACUAUGCCGAGUCACUCAACACACUCACCAAGGCGCCUCCUACCGAAGAUGACGAGGACUGGGUGUUUGACACGGUCAAGGCACCCACCAUGUGGGUACCAAAAGGGAAGGACUGGACCACACUGGAUGAGGAAGAAGAUGACUGUGAUCCGUCUGAACUUCUCCAAGACUUGCGCAUCUCUCACCCACCUGCGGCUCCUAAACAUCAAGCGCCACCACCGGUUCAAGCCAACUCGACUGUGAGACGCACACCGACUGUCGAGCGUCCGGCUGAACGAUCUCCUUCCGUCCGUCGAUCCAACACCAAGCGCAGAUCCAGUGGUGUCAAACAGCCCCUCGGCUUGGACCUCAGCUUCGGAAACACGCCUUCCACAGUCCGUCAAUUCCGGCGUGUGUCGGACAAGGUCUCGAAUGAUCCCGCUGCUCCCAAGGUCCCACCCGGCUUUGACGAAAACACCAGUCCGAAGCCAUUCUCUCCCUCCGAUUCGACCAGUCGGGAGGCUCAGCUGGGCAGACGUGUGUAUAGUCGAGCGGUCGGUCUGUCCUGUCAAGAAGUCCUGGCCAACACCGGAGACGGUGAGAAACGGGAGGCUAUUUCGCGGUUAGCGGAGGCCUGGAGUGAUCUGGAAAUGGCCGAUCCCGAGGGCCUUUAUCAGAUCAUUCGAAGCAUGAAUGAGCGCAUCUCGGCCGAUCCCCGUCUGGCUUCCCUGAUUCCCGCAGCUCCCGCCCAGCCCGACUCUCCCUCUCGCCCUCGCCUCGUGCUUGCACAAAGCAACCCACACCUCAAGAGCCACCGUCGACGGCAGUCCACACAUACGGUUGAUCCUCUUCCCCAAUCUCCACCUCGAUCUAGUAUGCCUGGUCAAAAUGUGCCUGGGAUGGAGCACACCAAACAAUUGUCCGACGUCCUUUACCAGCGUUGGGCUGAGGGGCUUCGGAAUCGAUGGGGAAUCUAA